GAGGGGGCAGAGCUGAGCCGGGCCGGGCCGCGCCGCGCCAGGAGCUCCGCACCCCGCGCCGCACCGUCCCCGGCCCCGGCGGGAGCCGCCGCCGCCUCGGAAGAAAUUGAAGUGAAAAAGACGUGACUGAAAAAGAACAAUUUGAAGGAACGGAUUCAUUUCUUAACAAGAACAAGUUUGAAUUAAAUGGCUGAUAAACAGAUCAGUCUACCUGCCAAGCUGAUCAAUGGAGGGAUAGCUGGGCUGAUUGGGGUCACCUGUGUAUUUCCCAUUGACCUGGCAAAAACUCGCCUGCAGAACCAGCAGAAUGGCCAGCGGAUGUACACCAGCUUGUCUGACUGCCUCAUUAAAACAAUUCGGUCGGAAGGCUACUUUGGCAUGUACAGAGGGGCUGCAGUGAACCUGACUCUGGUGACCCCAGAAAAGGCUAUCAAACUGGCAGCCAAUGACUUCUUCCGGCAUCACCUCUCCAAAGACGGGAAAAAACUGACACUGAUGAAGGAGAUGCUGGCGGGCUGCGGCGCAGGUACCUGCCAGGUGAUUGUCACCACUCCCAUGGAGAUGCUCAAAAUCCAGCUGCAGGAUGCAGGACGUAUUGCGGCACAGAAGAAGCUGAUGGCAGCACAGGCCCAACUCUCCUCUUCCCCUGCGGCGGGGGCGGCCGAGCCGGUGGUGGAGACGCGCACCACAGCGACACAGAUAACGAGGGAGCUGCUGCGGAGCAAGGGCAUCGCGGGACUCUACAAGGGCCUGGGAGCCACACUGCUAAGGGAUGUCCCAUUCUCCAUUGUUUACUUCCCGCUGUUUGCAAACCUGAACAAGCUGGGCCAGAAAGACCCCAAUGUCAAGGCUCCAUUCUACGUGUCCUUCCUCUCUGGAUGUGUGGCUGGCAGUACGGCUGCAGUGGCUGUCAAUCCUUGUGAUGUGAUCAAAACGCGGCUGCAGUCCUUGCAGAGGGGAGUGAAUGAGGACACCUACUCGGGAAUCCUGGACUGCACCAAGAAGAUCUGGCAGAAGGAAGGGCCCACAGCCUUCUUCAAAGGGGCAUACUGCCGAGCCCUGGUCAUUGCUCCUCUCUUCGGCAUUGCACAAGUUGUCUACUUCAUUGGCAUCGCAGAGUUCCUGUUGGACAUGCUCCCCAAGCCCCGGGCCUAGCCCUGGCAUGCUGGUGUGCCCUCCCGCCCUCUGCAGCGCUGAAUUCAUCCCCGUGUUCACCAUCCAUGUCCAUUGAUGUCAGAGCAACAGCACAAAGGGUUCGCGCAGGGAUGCCGAAGGGAUGUGGUCCCCAGAUGAGCAAACAUGGGGAGGGAGAGAGUCCCUUCUCUGUCUUGGUCUGGAACCUGCUCCCUCCUGCUCCUUCCACGGACAAUAGUUAAUUAUUCAUAUCUCUUUUUUUUUUAAUUUCCCUUUCUUUUUUUUUAAUUGUCAUUCUUAAGGACACUGGUAAGCACAGACUGGGCUUUCAGACCCAGAAGUCUCCUCUCAGCCUUGGGGAGAAAGAGAGAGGGGAAAGAAAUAACUUGAACCCUCAUCCACCACAGAUUCCCUCUUUCUUCCUGGAGCUGCCAGCUAUCUGAGGAGGAGCUGGAGGGGCAGCUGUGUCCCCUCAGCACCUCCUUGGCUCUGCUGACCUUGGGUCCAGAGCGUGCACUGCACAAAGGGGGCUUAUCUUAUUGCUGCUGGAGGCACAGUGUGGGGGGUGCUGGAUCUGGCAAGUUCCUUGGCCUGGAAACCUUCACUCCUCCCUUCUCCCUUUUUAAAAACGAGUUGGACUUAAAUGAAUGCUGAUUGUUAAUAUUGAUUUUGUAAUUAUUUUUGUUUUAAAGCAAAAGGGAUAUCCCUCCUAACUAGGUGUCACAGGCACAUUCUGGUGAGGUGCAGAGAUAAGAUGUCUGCUCUGUAGGGAACAUGUCUGUGGGAUCACAUGAAUGUCUAAAGGUGCUUCCCUGCUUGGCUACAGGCAGGGAAGGGAGAGGAACUUGGGAUCAAGUUAUUUUCAUUUGGGGGUGUUUUCUGGGUGGGUUUUGGGGGGGGCGGGGUGUGUUUGGUUUUGGUUUUUUGGAGGGGGCUUUUAUUUGUUUGUUCUUGGUUUGUUUGUUUUUUUUUUUUAAUGUGGGGUUGUGGGGAGGGAAUACCAAACAAGAAACCACUUACAUUCCUUCAACCUGCCCACCCCCAGGGUGAUAAAGUGGUGGCUGCAGGUGUAGAGUAGCUGAUCUAAUUUUUUUCCAGCCUGACCCCAGGUGUGGGAAGGGAGGCACCUACUCCAUUUCUGUGGUGCCCAAACUCAGGGAGCCGCACUAGAAAUGCUGCUCCUGCGUGCUCACCUUGCAAGGUGAAAACACAAAGCCUGGUUGUGUUUUGAUGUUUAACUUGGGUGUGUUUGGAGUCAGCCAGUGUAGAGGAGGCGGGAAGGUUCCCGCACCCUGAUCCAGGAGCUGUUUGCAGGUGCAUUACCUGCAGGGUGAGUCCUCUGCAUCACAAAAAACUCGGGUGGUGAUCACUGUUGGGUGCCAGAGGCCAAAUCCACACCUACAACUCGCUCUGUCAAAGGGACACUGCCCCAGCUAAUAUCACUUGUCAGAGGACUUCCUCGUUCAGUACUCUUUUGGGCUAUGUAAUUAAUUCUAGUUUAAAUGACCUUAAGUGUGAGACCUUCCAACCCAGUGUGAUCUUCUCCGUUAUUUAUUCCAUUUGGUGCAAUCCACCCAACUUUGGUGUUGAAAUUAAACUGGUUGAAUUCACUUUUCAUUCCUUCUUUUUGCUUUGUUCUCCAGGCGCUUGCUUGGUGUUUGUGUUUCAAAUGUGUUUUAAAUUAAUUAAAAAAAAAUCCCUGUUUUUAAUGUUUAAAAGGAAACCACCUCUGUUUCAAUGUUCUUGGGUUAGGUUUUUGUAAAACCUGUAUGUUGAGGGCCUUCUUCUGUGAUGAAUCCUUUUUCUCUUCAAGAAAGUUGUUCUGUGGCUAAUUUGUUAUUUGUCACUAUGCAUAUAUGAAUAAUUUUCUUUAUUUUUCUUAAUGACUUCUCCAUGUAUCUGGGAAGGAAUCUGUGCAAAGAUGAUGAUAGUUGUCUGUUCUGUGUGUGGUGCUGUGAUGCUGCUCUUGCUCUGGAUUUUCCUUGGGUGGAAUUAAAAGAGAAAGAUUUAUUUUA